AUGGUGUCUCCCAACUUUUCAGCAAGCUCAUCGAUGGAAAACAUUAUUGGAAGAGAUUUCAGGGACGAUGACGUUGAACAUGCCCUCAAGGAAAUGCCAGAGAAGGAAGAACCCAUUCAGACACUUACUUUCUCGGAGCGAUUAAAGCAUUUCACUUAUGCUUGGUACGCAUCUACGAUGUCAACGGGAGGAGUAGCCUUUACUCUUUCUGUCCUUCCCAUAGAGUCGGAUGCACUCAUCACACUCGGCAAGGCCUUGUUUGUUAUCAAUAUCAUGGCUUUUUUGGCUAUCACCGGUCUCAUGAUCACUCGCUUCGUAAUUCACCCUGGAACAUUCAUCCACUCGUUCACGAACCCUCAUGAGGGAUUCUUUUUCGCUACAGGGUGGCUCACUUUAGCCACAAUGAUGACGAACACUACUGCAUAUGGUAUUCCAAACACUGGCCCUUGGCUCAUCGGUGCUCUUCGAUUAGCUUUCUGGACGUAUACCGUUUGUGCCACAGUCCUCGCCAUCGUCUACUACCACGUCCUUUUCACAGUCAAGAAACUUGUCAUUACCAAUGUCCUACCUGGUUGGGUUCUUCCAAUCUUCCCUGCCAUGUUAGUCGGUACUCUCGCGUCUGCCAUCGCCAAAACACAACCUGUAGAAUCCGCGGCACAAAUGUUGGUGGCUGGUCUCACAUUUCAAGGUCUUGGAAUGAUGUUAGCUAUCAUGAUGUACGGGAUCUACUUUGGUCGACUUCUCACUUCUGGGCUUCCUGUCGAUGCUUCCCGACCUGCCAUGUUCAUUGCAGUUGGACCACCUUCUUUCACGGCUCUUGCACUCAUUGGUAUGGCCCAAGACGCAACAGUUACCAAAGUCUUCACCGAAUACUACAAUCUUCCAGGCAUUACAAAUCCAGCUGCGAUUCCUGAUAUGUUACAACUCGGUGCUCUUCUUUCAGCGAUCUUCCUCUGGGCUCUGGCAUUCUGGUUCUUCGCCAUCGCAACCUUCGCAGCAAUUGAAGCAUUUAACAGAAAUGACUUCCAUCUAAAUUGGUAUGCAUAUGUAUUCCCAAAUGUGGGGUUUACUAUCGCCACUGUUAAGAUCGGAGAAAGAUUAAACAGCGGUCCAAUUCUAGCAGUAGGAACUGGGAUGGGAGUUGUGUUAUUCCUGUUAUGGAUUUCGAUUGUAUUUGCUCACAUCAAAGCUGUUUCACAAAAGAAGAUAAUGUGGCCCGGAAAGGAUGAAGACGCUCACUGA